AAUAAUAAUAAAAAAGAAAGAAAAAAAAAAGCGACAGAAAAGGUGUCAAUAAACUACGAGGAUGCCGCUUUAUCUCGUCUCCUCUCCCGCCGCCGCCAAGCUCGCCGCAGGAGGCCCACACGCACCCCCGCACCGGCGGCGCCACCUCCUCUUCCGAGCUCCCCACCGCCCCAGCCGCCGCGCCCCACUGCUGUCUUCGGCCGCUGAGCGUCCGGCAGGGCGCGCCAUGGCUGCUGCGGAGACCGGAGCGUCCACGGCGACCGAUUCCAGGCUCAGAGCUACAGGAGUGAAGCAAGCACUGAUAUCAUUAUCAGAUAAAACAGACCUGGCUAAUCUUGGAAAUGGUCUUCAGCGUUUGGGGUUUUCUAUUAUUUCCACUGGUGGCACGGCAUCAAGUUUGGAAGCAUCUGGAGUUAAUGUUACAAAAGUUGAAGAAAUUACACACUUUCCUGAAAUGCUUGAUGGUAGAGUAAAAACAUUGCACCCCAGUAUACAUGGUGGUAUUCUUGCGCGAAGAGACCAGGAGCAUCAUCUGAAAGCACUGAAAGAGCAUGGCAUUGGAACAUUUGAUGUGGUUGUAGUGAAUUUGUACCCGUUCUAUGAUAAGGUCACCUCAGGUGCAAUAUCUUUUGAGGAUGGCAUUGAAAAUAUUGAUAUUGGUGGGCCUACAUUGAUCCGAGCUGCUGCCAAGAAUCAUAAGGAUGUUCUUGUUGUUGUUGAUCAUAAAGAUUAUCCUGCUCUAUUGGAAUAUCUAGAAGGGAAACAAGAUGACCCUCAUUUCCGUAGGACACUUGCAUGGAAAGCUUUCCAACAUGUUGCUUCUUAUGAUUCAGCUGUCUCAGAGUGGUUGUGGAAGCAAUCAAAUAAAGAAGAUCCAUUUCCUCCCAGCUUUACUGUGCCCCUCACAAUGAAGUCUACACUCCGUUAUGGAGAAAAUCCUCAUCAAAAGGCUGCCUUUUAUGGUGACAAGAGUCUUUCUCUAGUAAAUGCUGGUGGUAUUGCAACAGCAAUUCAACACCAUGGAAAGGAAAUGUCUUACAACAAUUAUUUGGAUGCGGAUGCUGCAUGGAACUGUGUCUCGGAGUUUGAGAGCCCGACUUGUGUUGUGGUUAAGCACACAAAUCCGUGUGGGGUAGCGUCUCGACAGGACAUCCUUGAAGCAUACAGGUUGGCUGUGAAGGGAGACCCUGUCAGCGCAUUUGGCGGCAUAGUUGCCUUCAAUAGGACGAUCGAUGAGGAUCUUGCAAGGGAAAUCCGUGAGUUCAGGAGCCCCACGGAUGGCGAGACAAGGAUGUUCUACGAGAUUGUGGUUGCGCCUGGGUACACAGAGAAGGGCCUGGAGGUCCUGAAAGGGAAAUCCAAGACGCUGAGGAUACUGGAGGCGAAGAGGAGCGGGAAAGGAAUGCUGUCGCUGCGACAGGUGACUGGCGGCUGGUUGGCUCAGGAGUCCGAUGAUAUGACCCCGGAAGACAUCACCUUCACAAAGAUGUCCGAGAGGAGUCUUGAGGACAGUGAGCUUUCGGACGCGAAAUUCGCGUGCCUCUGCGUCAAGCACGUCAAGAGCAAUGCCAUUGUGAUCGCCAAGAACAAUUGCAUGCUGGGCAUGGGCAGUGGCCAGCCGAACCGGCGGGAAAGCCUGAGGAUUGCUUUCAAGAAGGCAGGAGAGGAGGCCAAGGGAGCUGCUUUGGCCAGCGAUGCCUUUUUCCCGUUUGCUUGGAACGAUGCAGUGGAGGAGGCGUGCCAGAGCGGCAUCGCGGUGAUCGCGGAGCCCGGCGGCAGCAUCCGGGACCAGGACGCCGUGGACUGCUGCAACAAGUACGGUGUGGCCCUCGUCUUCACCGGCAUCCGGCACUUCAAACACUGAUCGAUGGUCGCUGAAGAAGCCGCCGACGAUGGCGAGGAUGCAGAAGAGACUAUCACUGAUGGAAGGAACCUAGCUACCUCGACCUGGGCUGAUGAUGGCUGCACGCUGGCUGGAAGGAAGAAUCUGUUGUUUCCCAGUGCUGAUGCCUGAUGGCAUUGCUUGGCUAUAUAUAGGGAAAUUAAUUCUGAUGUUAAGUCUCUGUGAGUUUAGUUGAAAACUUGAUAAUGAAGGUAAACCCUUUCUGAAAAAGAGAGGGAUGAUGCUGAUGCAACCAAAGGUCUUCUCGGUGGGUGCCAGUUUGUAUACCGCAGCAUGGCAACAGGUGGAUUGAGCUUAAAUGAGUAUUGCAAUGAUUAAAUUAAGUGAUGGAAACGUUGCUGACU